CAGCGCUCCAUUCCGCUGGAGGAUACACACUCUGUAGAGACACACACACACACACACACACACAGACUGCAAAACUAUGGCACAUUGUGUCAUAUUGGAUGGACCACCACCAUGGGGCUUUCGGCUGAUUGGAGGAAAGGAUUUCAACCAGCCUCUCACUAUCGCCAAGAUAUCUCCAGGCAGCAGGGCAUCCACAGCAGCCCUCUCCCCUGGUGACAUCAUCCUGGCUAUAGAUGGCAUCUCCACCAGCAACAUGAUGCACUGCGAAGCUCAGAGUCGCAUGAAGCAGGCCACGCGACAGCUCAGCUUAACCAUCCAGAGGCCUGAAACCAAACUGUGGUCACCCCAGGUGAGAGAUGAUGGCCGAGCUCAUCCGUUUAAAAUGAACCUGGAGGCAGAGAGACAGGAGUACAAGCCAAUAGGUACGGGUCAUAACCGACGGGCCGCGCCUUUUGUGGCAGCAGCCAACAUCGAUGACAAGCGACAGGUUGUGAGCUCCGCCUACAACUCUCCCAUCGGCCUUUAUUCUUCAGGAAAUAUCCAGGAUGCCUUACAGGGUCAGCUCAGGGGCCUGAUACAAAGCAAGCCAGAGAGUCCCAGGACUCUCACGUCUAUAGAAGAAUCAGAUGUGUACCGUAUGCUUCAGAAGGAAGAGGGAGAUCAGGAGCCUCACGAGCCACGGCAGUCAGGAUCCUUUAAAGCCUUACAGGAUUACAUCAACAGUGAGAGAACGCUUCCGGUCGUGACGAAGGCGGUGCAAGCGCCCACGACGAAGCCUCUCUCGCCCGGAGGAAACCUGCACAAACUGCCCAUGUGUGACAAGUGUGGAAACGGCAUAGUUGGGAUGGUGGUGAGAGUUCAUGAUAAGUAUCGGCACCCGGGCUGCUUCGUCUGCUCGGACUGCGAGGAGAACCUGAAGCAAAAAGGCUACUUUAUCAUAGACGACGAGAUCUACUGCGAAACUCAUGCACAUGCUCGGGCAAAACCUCCUGAAAGCCCAGACCUGUAGAAUCCACACACACACACACACACACACACACACACACACACAAACACUUACAUAAAAUCUAUUAUGUUAUAUUAUUUUCUAUUAUAAUAUAUAAUAAUGAGAAAUACAAUAUACACUCACUUACAAUUACACUGAACUAGAGAGCCGAGUGAUCUAUUGAGGAAACACAGCACUGUGGGAUAUGAGAUGGGUUUACACUGUGCUUUACACGUCCUGUAGGAAUAAGCUAUUGUGGAUAAAUAUUCCAAUAAAAUGACAUUUAAAACUGUG